AUGGUGGAAACUUCGUCGCACCUCAGACAUUCUAUGAAUAUGGAGAAUGACUUGAACGAAGAACUAAAUAAAAGGCUGACAGCAGCAUGGGCAACAUUUGCACCCAUCGCAGAAGCUACGGACCAACUGAUGGACCAGGAUCUCCGUGCUCAUUCGUUCGACUCGAUAGUUCUUCCAGCCCUUUGUCACGCAGUGGAAACGUGUUCAGUCGCCGCUGUCACGUCCUAG